AUGGGACAGAACAAAAUAAAGCAAAGUAUUCCUUGUGGAACUUAUUGGAUAAAAGUGUUUUACAAUUUAAUUCCAAAAUUACUGCAAGCUUCGAGAGCUAUAAUUGAACUUCAAAGGUAUUUAGAGGAUGAAGUCCUUAGUCGAAAUAAAAAUCCUUUAGAGUGGUGGAGGAAAAACGAACAUAAUUGCCCGUAUUUAAGUCCUUUGAUACGCGCUAGAUGUUGCGCAUUAGCCACCUCUGUGCCAUGUGAACGGUUAUUUUCUAAAGCCAGAAAUAUUUUAAAUGAACGCCGAACAAGGCUGCCCUCCACAUCUGGACUUCAGAGCACGAGCAUCCAAGAAACUCUUCAGGGUUCAGAUUCGAAUGAUAGUCUACCUUUAAUUGAAGAAGUAAAUAAGAAAAAACCUAAAAGGCCAAAGAGCGAUUCAGAGGGCACAGAUGAUAGCAUUGAGAGUGUACAAUACGCAGAAAGUGAUGAUAGCCCUUUCAACCCGGACCUUUCAGAUGAUCCAGAACCAGAAGAGGAAGUCAAAAAAUCAGCAUUUUUUGUGGAAACCAAAAGUGUUGGAAAUUAG